UAUUUUAUUUUUUAUAUUUUCAGACACGAUGAGUCUACUUGCUUUUAAAGUUAAAGAUUUAUGUGUAGGAGCUGGGACUAAACAUUGCAGACAACUUCUUAACUUUAACUCUUCAACCUUUAAACUUCUUUCCACCAGUUCUGUAGUUCAACAGAAGGAAGUGUUCCAGCGAGAUAAACCCCAUUGUAAUAUUGGAACUAUUGGACACGUAGAUCAUGGGAAAACAACACUUACUGCCGCCAUUACCAAGAUAUUAGCAGAGAAGAAUCUUGCCAAGUUCCGAGAUUAUAAUAUGAUUGAUAAUGCUCCUGAGGAGAGAAAUAGAGGAAUUACAAUUAAUGUCGCUCAUAUAGAAUACGCAACAGAAAACCGGCACUACGCUCACACUGACUGCCCGGGACACGCAGAUUUUAUUAAAAACAUGAUAACAGGUGCAAGUCAGCUGGAUGGAGCUAUACUUGUUGUCGGAGCUACUGAUGGUUGUAUGCCUCAAACCCGUGAGCAUCUUACUUUAACAAAACAGCUUGGACUCAAGCAUCUCGUCGUAUUUAUUAACAAAUGCGACGCCGCUGAUGCCGAGAUGAUCGAGCUCGUCGAGAUGGAGAUCCGUGAGCUGCUGGAGGAGAUGGGUUUUCCCGAAGAGAACUCACCGAUCGUGAAGGGAUCCGCACUCGCCGCCCUGGACGGGAGUAACGAAGAACUCGGUAAAAAAGCAAUCGAGGAACUAAUGAAUGUAGUUGAUACAAGUAUUCCAACACCGGUCAGAGAUCUCGAUGUUCCGUUCUUGAUGCCGAUAGAUCACGUACACGAUAUAAAGGGUCGAGGCUGUGUGCUCACUGGAAGAUUAGAGCGCGGAAAGCUGAAGGUUGGACAAGAUAUUGAGGUUAUCGGAUACUCCAAGUCUGGCAAGGGUAAGGUGACUGGUAUUGAGAGUUUUCACAAGAUCCUUGAUGAAGCAAAUGCUGGAGAUCAGAUGGGACUGCUAGCUCGAGGUAUUAAGAAGGAUGAUGUUCGACGUGGUAUGUGCGUCGCCAAACCUGGAUCCAUUAAACAAUGUGAUCAUUUCAAAGCACAGAUUUAUUUGAUGACACCUGAGGAGGGAGGAAGGAAGAAGCCUUGCACGACCGCCAUGCAGCUGAUGUGCUUCUCUAAGACCUGGGACUGCGCUGCAUUUGUUGAUCUGGUGGAUAAAGAGAUGGCUAUGCCUGGAGAGGAUGCAACCAUGGAUCUAAGAUUAGUUAAACCUAUGGUCCUGGAGGAGGGACAACAGUUUACUAUCAGAGAUUCAGCGGGAACAAUUGGAACAGGACGGGUUACCAGUGUGUACAAGAACCUGACUGACGAGGACAAGGAGUUGAUGAUGAUGAAGAAGGAGAAGAGAGCUAAGAAGCUUGGUCUAAACUAAGGAGCUAGAUUGGAUAGAGGACUAUUAUUUGUUUGUCCUGACAGAUUCAACCUAGUUCACAGGAACACCUACAUCUUGUUCAAUAAAACAAAUUUAAACAGUU